CAAACGAAAAGGUAUGUUCGUGCAACGGUCAAUAUUUUCGCCAAAAAUGGACUGUACACAAUCUUCGAUAAGAUAAAAAUCGAAAAAAGUCAACUUAGCGCACGAGAGCAACGCAAACACUGGGUUAACAUCUGCCUGGGGAUAUAACAUCUAUAUCUCUCGUGUGUAGGUAUUUUACCAGCCUGGAGACAUUUAAUUCACCAUGCCUUCUGCCACUUCCACCUCUAAUACAGCCUCUGGGACUCCUAUCACCAAGAGGAAGAAUGAGUCUGAAGAUACAUUGCCAGCUAAGAAAGUGAAGAAGAGGAAACAUACGGAGCCCUCUGCUGAACCAAUUACUCCUAAACUCACCAGGAAGAAGUCUGUUACGUUCACGCCAGAGACAAAGGUUGAGGACGGAGACAGCAUCAAACAGCUAUUCAAUGCUUGGGUUACAGAGCAGAAAUCACGGGAUCCUACUUUCCAGUUCAGCACAUCGGGUCAAGCUUUUGCUACACCAGAACCGCCUAAAGUCGAAGAACAAUUUAAUACGGAAAUUGAUGAAAAAGAGAGACGAGUAAAGCGGGUCAAGAAGCCAAAAGCAGAGACGGCAGAGACUAAGGAUACCCCCAAGAAGAAAUCAAAGCAGUCAAAGAUUGUCAAGCCUACAGCAACCCCUCCCCGCCCAUUUCUGGCAUAUCUCAGACAGUAUCACGAAGAUCGAGCCAAUUGGAAAUUCAACAAGAACCACCAAAACCACCUUCUCAAACACAUCUUCGACCUCAACAUCAUACCGUCAGAUCACAUACAUCUUGUUUACGCAUACAUUAGGGGUCUACAGGGCGGAGUUAGAACCAGAUUACGAGACACAGCUCUGUCAAUCAAAGUCAAAGAUCAAGAAGAGGGAGCUGCUGGAUUUCCCGAUAUGGAUUCUAGAGGAUCUCGCAAUACAGAGACUCCAGAGGAGAAGAAGGAGCGCCAGCAGAAAGACCAAGAGAAGAGACAGCAAGAGUACGAAAACUGCUGCAAGGAGUAUAUUGCGACCAUGACUCAGAUCGAUGCUUCGUCCAAGAUGGGCUAUGAAGAGGGGCUUCUGCUGGGUUUAUCAGAUUAUGCAAUGAAGGAACGAGUAGCGAAGAGAACCAGGGCGGAGCAGAUACUUGCUGAGCUAGGAGCAGGAGCCUCUCCCGCCGAGGCAGAAGCACGGGCAACCCCAAGCACCAGCGGACUGACCUACCCUGAAGAAGUCGCUGGCGAUAACGACAGCCAGAAGCGACUCCGAAUGAACGACGGCUCGACGCAGAAGGUCGCCAGGAGACGAAAGCAGCGCACCUUGACUGAGGUUUCGGAUACCAGUUCUUCGGACGAGAGUAGUUCCUCAGACGAUAGCAGUUCGGAUUCAGACGAUUCGGAAUCGGACACGGACGCUAAGCGCCCUGAGGACACUUCUUCUAGUUCUUCCAGCAGCUCAUCAGAGUCGGAGUCUUCCUCUGAGGACGAGCAGGAAGAGACUAGUUCUGAAGAGGAGAGCGAUGAGAGUGAUGAUAGCGGCAGUCAGUAAGCGAGGGGUUUAGGGGGGUCAAUGCUCCUCUAAGGACUCGACGCCCUAGAGGGGGUGGAUAUCCUCAUCCUGGAUCUGGGUUUAGAUGUGGAAAAGCUCUAGGAUAGACUGGGGAGGAUGAACCGCUUUGAAAUACCGGCCCUGGCUUGGAUAUUC